AUGAGCGCAUUUGGCACAGGGCGAGCAGCCAAGAGGUGGGGUAUCCAUUCCCUAUUUGUCUUGGACAGACCUCCCCCCUUUCAGCCUUACAUAGAAGAAAAAUUGUUUCACCCAAGUCCUGCUCAGUUACUGUACCACUCGAACUCUGGUAAACAGGGCAAAGACUCCAGACACUGGGCUUACUUCAACUUCAGGGCCAGUUGCUACAGAUUUUCACUCCUGUUCACUCCCUGGAUUGCAGUUAACUGGACCCCCUGCUCUGCUGAAUACGGGGGCUCAGGGUCUGGAAGAGAGCUGAAGGGACCUGAACUGGGCAAAGAAGAAAAUGAAUCUGUUAAUGAAGAAUCACCAGAAUUCAUAGAGGGGGAAAGACCUCAGCCCCAAGGCGCAUCGCCAGUAUAUGAAUACGCAAUCAAAGAGGAAUACAGAGACAAACAGGUUGAGGAGGAAACAGAUGCUACGUGUCAGCAAAGUACAGACUAUAAAAAAGGAAAAAGAAAAAGUGGACUAGGAGCAUUCUUUGAAAAGCACUUCUCUGCAAAAAUGAGUCAAACAGAGGAAUUUAGGCCUAUAGAUGAGUCAGAUGAAAUUGUACGAACCGAAGCUGAAGCAUGUGCCAAGGCAAUAGUUGUAAGUGGAGGAGGAAAGGAGGGUAUAUUCGUCGAGCAAGUUAGGAAGGAGACGCCCGAAUCAAAGGUUCCGAGCAUGAGAGAAGGUGAUCAAAUACUCAGCGCUACAAUAUAUUUUGAUGAUGUCAAAUAUGAAGAUGCCCUUAAGAUUCUGGAGCAUGCUGGGCCCUAUAAAACGCAAUUCUGUCUGAAACGCAAGUCCCCUGGUAUAACAGACACUGACAGUUCAGCGACUGUGCAACAGCAGGAUUUUGCUCAUGGGGAAACACUAAAAGGCACAUUUGAGGACCCUGAAGAAACAACUGUGGUAAGGGGCAGAGCAAAAACAGCUAGAAGACAAGAUGCCAGGAUAUCAUGGCCUAAAUUCUCAUCACUUACCAAAGGAAAAAGGUUGCAGUUCAAAAGAUCCCACAGCACAUCAGAAGCAGAGGAGCAUAAAAAGCUAGAUAUCAGUCUUUCUAACAGUGACAAUGAGUCUCCUAAUAAGUCUCAGGAACCUUUAAAAACUAAGAAAAAGCAGAAACUGAAGCUGCCAAGCCUAGGAAUGAGAGGCCUAAGGAGCAAAUCAGAAGAUCAACGUGAUAAAGAAACCGUAGCAGAAACUUCGGAACAUUUGGAAUUAAUAUGCAGAUAUCCUGAAGAUGAUGUGUCCGAAGUGCAAUCCUCAGAGGAUGUUGACAUCAGAAAAACUGAAACAACACAAAUUUGUGAAUUUGAGUCAGAUCAAAUAACUGAGACUGAAAGAAUAAGAAAUGAAUAUUCAUUUUCAAAUGUCACAGGCCCUGCAGUUCAAAUCAUCCAACACAAAGCUGAACCCUAUGAGUUGGAUAAAACGCUUAAAACAACUAAUAUUUCCGUGUGUGAACCAAAGCUGGAUACAGAUGUAGAACCCAGAGAUGAAUUUAAAAUUAAAAGAACACCAGAAAAAAAGAUAGAAAAGCCUAGUCUCAGAUCAGAACUAAAGGUAAAUAUCAUGGGAAAAGAAAAAACACAUACGAGCCCAGAAGAAGAAGGGAGGUCACCCCAAACUUUACUGGUAAAAGCUUCACCUGACAAGCUGGGCAAAGAACUUGAAUUCCAGCUUCAAAGAACAGAAACUGGUGUCCGAAUACCAAAAGAAGUGAUUCUCAGAGAUGGAGAAAGACAACAUAUUACAUCAGAGAUGAAGGAGCGACAACUUGCUAUUAAUCUAAACCCUGAAGACUCUAUCAGAUCUAAUAUUAAAGUUGAUGUGAUAAAGCCAAAGUGUGGAGUUAAAGAUACAAAGAUAUGUGAUGAAACUAAACAUGUGGCUACUCUGAAGGAAGAAGUUGAUGGCUCAGAAGCUCAGACACCACACCUAGAUGUUAACCAAGCAAAAGUUAAAGACCCUGAAGCAAAAUUUAAAACACAGAAAGGGAUGAUGCCAAAGUUUGAUGUUUCACUGGAAAAACUAGAACCCACACUUAAAAUGAAAGCCCCCAAAGGCACCAGAUAUUCUUUGUGUGAAGAAGUAUCUACAGACUGUGGUACACAAAGAGAAAUCCAAGCCAGGGAUCCAGAGAUUCAAUUUACUAAACCCAAAACUGAGGAGUCCCACUCUUUUCGUACAGCUAAAACUUUAAUAAAAAGUUAUGAGGCAAAAUUAGGAGUAUCUGCUGCUACAGUUCAUGCAGAAAAAGGAAAUAUUCGGAUGCCAAAAGAACAGUAUCAAAGAGGAAAUAUAGUUGUUGACAAGUCAAACAACUCUCACCCUAAAACAGGCAAACAAGAACCAAUACACAACCCAAAGGAUAUCAAGAGACUUUAUUUUGAUUAUGAUCUGGAAAGCAAAGAAAGCAAGGAAGCUAGACAAAGCAAUAUUCAGCAAAUACCAGGGAGAGACAGUAGAGGUCCACAGUUGGAAAUGAGCAUGCCAAAUACAGAGAGACGAAUAAAACCAACUGAAGAACAUGCUCCUAUGGUUGAUGUUGAUAUCAACAUUGAAAAAGUAGAUAUUUCUCUUCCAAAAUCUGAGGUCAAGAUUCCAAAAAUAGAAGGCAAACUGAGAAUAGGAAACGCAGAAAUCUCUCUUCCAAAGGAAUACACUGAUAUAGAGGGACCACAGCUUACAACAAGUGGAACUGAUGUUGAUCUGAACCUACCGAAACCACAGAUAAAUGUGUCUGCAGAACAUGCUGCUGCUGAUCUUAAAGGUCCAGAUGUAGACAUGAAAGCACCUGAGUUAGACUUUGAUAGGAAGGGAGAAGGAAUCCAUGUAGAAGGGAAAGAAAGCAAGGUUAAACUGUCCAAAAUGUCGGACUUUGAUGUGUCACCCCCCAAAGUCAAAGGUCCCAACAUUAAAUUCAGUCUACCCAAAUCAGAGGCUGAUAUUUCUUUACCUGAAUGUGUUGAAAUCAAGGCUCCUGAAGUUGAAUUGGAAGAUCCAUCAAUUGAAGGAUCUGUGAACAUCCCUACAAUUGAAAAAGAGGGUGAAAAAGGAAAAUUCAAGUUGCCACAAAUGAAAAUGCCUAAAUUUGGAAUUUCAACAUCUGGGGUCAAGGCUUCAAAAAUAGAAGGCGAACUGAGCUUGCCUAAAGCAGAAAUCUCUCUUCCAAAGGAAGACAUUGAUAUACAAGGAUCAGAACUUACAACAAGUGGAAAUGACACUGAUCUGAACCUACCUAAACCAGAGAUAAAUGUGCCUGCAGCAGAAGCUGCUUUUGAUCUUAAAGGUCCAGAUGUAGACAUGAAAGCACCUGAGUUAGAUGUUGAUAUGAAGGGAGAAGGAUUCCUUGUAGAUGGGAAAGAAAGCAAGUUUAAAUUACCCAAAAUGCCAGACUUUGAUGUUUCACUCCCCAAAGUCAAAGGUCCUGACAUUAAAUUCAGUAUGCCCAAAUCAGAGGAUGAUAUUUCUUUGACUGAAAGUGUUGAAAUCAAGGCUCCUGAUGUGGCAUUGGAAGCUCCAUCUCUUGAGGGAUCUGUGGACAUCCCUACAAUUGAAAAAGAGGGUGGAAAAGGAAAAUUCAAGCUGCCACAAAUGAAAAUGCCUAAAUUUGGAAUUUCAACAUCUGGGGUCAAGGCUUCAAAAAUUGAAGGUGAACUGAGCUUGCCUAAAGCAGAAAUAGCUCUUCCAAAGGCAGACAUUGAUAUACAGGAACCACAGCUUACAACAAGUGAAACUGACAUUGAUCUGUAUCUAUCUAAACCACAGAUAAAUGUGCCUGCAGUACAAGCUGCUGUUGAUCUUAAAGGUCCAGAUGUAGACAUGAAAGCUCCUGAGUUAGACGUUAAUAUGAAGGGAGAAGGAAUCCAUGUAGAAGGGAAAGAAAGCAAGUUUAAAUUUACCAAGAGGCCAGACUUUGAUGUUUCUCUCCCCAAAGUCAAAGGUCCUGACAUUAAAUUCAGUCUGCCCAAAUCAGAGGCUGAUAUUUCUUUACCUGAAAGUGUUGCAAUCAAGGCUCCUGAAGUGGAAUUGGAAGCUCCAUCUCUUGAGGGAUCUGUGGACAUCCCUACAAUUGAAAAAGAGGGUGGAAAAGGAAAAUUGAAGAUGCCACAAAUGAAAAUGUCUAAAUUUGGAAUUUCAACAUCUGGGGUCAAGGCUUCAAAAAUAGAAGGCGAUCUGAGCUUGCCUAAAGCAAAAAUCUCUCUUCCAAAGGCAGACAUUGACAUACAAGGACCACAGCUUACAACAAGAGAAACUGACAUUGAUCUGAAUCUAUCUAAACCACAGAUAAAUGUGCCUGCAGCAGAAGGUACUUUUGAUCUUAAAGGUCCAGACGUAGACAUGAAAGCACCUGAGUUAGACGUUGAUAUGAAGGGAGAAGGAAUCCAUGUAGAAGGGAAAGAAAGCAAGGUUAAAUUGCCCAAAAUGCCGGACUUUGAUGUUUCACUCCCCAAAGUCAAAGAUCCUGACAUUAAAUUCAGUCUGCCUAAAUCAGAGACUGAUAUUUCUUUGCCUGAAAGUGUUGAAAUCAAGGCUCCUGAUGUGGCAUUGGAAGCUCCAUCUCUUGAGGGAUCUGUGGAAAUCCCUAUAAUUGAAAAAGAGGGUGGAAAAGGAAAAUUCAAGAUGCCACAAAUGAAAAUGCCUAAAUUUGGAAUUUCAACAUCUGGGUUCAAGGCUUCAAAAAUAGAAGGCGAACUGAGCUUGCCUAAAGCAGAAAUCUCUCUUCCAAAGGCAGACAUUGACAUACAAGGACCACAGCUUACAACAAGUGAAACUGACAUUGAUCUGAAUCUAUCUGAACAACAGAUAAAUGUGUCUGCAAUACAAGCUGCUGUUGAUCUUAAAGGUCCAGAUGUAGACAUGAAAGCACCUGAGUUAGACGUUGAAAUGAAGGGAGAAGGAAUCCAUGUAGAAGGGAAAGAAAGCAAGGUUAAAUUAGCCAAAAUGCCGGACUUUGAUGUUUCACUCCCCAAAGUCAAAGGUCCUGACAUUAAAUUCAGUCUGCCUAAAUCAGAGACUGAUAUUUCUUUGCCUGAAAGUGUUGAAAUCAAGGCUCCUGAUGUGGCAUUGGAAGCUCCAUCUCUUGAGGGAUCUGUGGACAUCCCUACAAUUGAAAAAGAGGGUGGAAAAGGAAAAUUCAAGAUGCCACAAAUGAAAAUGCCUAAAUUUGGAAUUUCAACAUCUGGGGUCAAGGCUUCAAUAAUUGAAGGCGAACUGGGCUUGCCUAAAGCAGAAAUUUCUCUUCCAAAGGCAGACAUUGACAUACAAGGACCACAGCUUACAACAAGUGAAACUGACAUUGAUCUGAAUCUAUCUAAACCACAGAUAAAUGUGCCUGCAGUACAAGCUGCUGUUGAUCUUAAAGGUCCAGAUGUAGACAUGAAAGCACCUGAGUUAGACGUUGAUAUGAAGGGAGAAGGAAUCCAUGUAGAAGGGAAAGAAAGCAAGGUUAAAUUGCCCAAAAUGCCGGACUUUGAUGUUUCACUCCCCAAAGUCAAAGGUCCUGACAUUAAAUUCAGUCUGCCUAAAUCAGAGGCUGAUAUUUCUUUGCCUGAAAGUGAUGAAAUCAAGGCUCCUGAUGUGGCAUUGGAAGUUUCAUCUCUUGAGGGAUCUGUGGAAAUCCCUACAAUUGAAAAAGAGGGUGGAAAAGGAAAAUUCAAGAUGCCACAAAUGAAAAUGCCUAAAUUUGGAAUUUCAACAUCUGGGUUCAAGGCUUCAAAAAUAGAAGGCGAACUGAGCUUGCCUAAAGCAGAAAUCUCUCUUCCAAAGGCAGACAUUGACAUACAAGGACCACAGCUUGCAACAAGUGAAACUGACAUUGAUCUGAAUCUAUCUGAACAACAGAUAAAUGUGUCUGCAGUACAAGCUGCUGUUGAUCUUAAAGGUCCAGAUGUAGACAUGAAAGCACCUGAGUUAGACGUUGAAAUGAAGGGAGAAGGAAUCCAUGUAGAAGGGAAAGAAAGCAAGGUUAAAUUACCCAAAAUGCCGGACUUUGAUGUUUCACUCCCCAAAGUCAAAGGUCCUGACAUUAAAUUCAGUCUGCCUAAAUCAGAGACUGAUAUUUCUUUGCCUGAAAGUAUUGAAAUCAAGGCUCCUGAUGUGGCAUUGGAAGCUCCAUCUCUUGAGGGAUCUGUGGACAUCCCUACAAUUGAAAAAGAGGGUGGAAAAGGAAAAUUCAAGUUGCCACAAAUGAAAAUGCCUAAAUUUGGAAUUUCAACAUCUGGGGUCAAGGCUUCAAAAAUUGAAGGCGAACUGGGCUUGCCUAAAGCAGAAAUCUCUCUUCCAAAGGCAGACAUUGACAUACAAGGACCACAGCUUACAACAAGUGAAACUGACAUUGAUCUGAACCUUCCUAAACCACAGAUAAAUGUGCCUGCAGUACAAGCUGCUGUUGAUCUUAAAGGUCCAGAUGUAGACAUGAAAGCACCUGAGUUAGACGUUGAAAUGAAGGGAGAAGGAAUCCAUGUAGAAGGGAAAGAAAGCAAGGCUAAAUUGCCCAUAAUGCCGGACUUUGAUGUUUCACUCCCCAAAGUCAAAGGUCCUGACAUUAAAUUCAGUCUGCCUAAAUCAGAGACUGAUAUUUCUUUGCCUGAAAGUGUUGAAAUCAAGGCCCCUGAUGUGGCAUUGGAAGUUUCAUCUCUUGAGGGAUCUGUGGAAAUCCCUACAAUUGAUAAAGAGGGUGGAAAAGGAAAAUUCAAGAUGCCACAAAUGAAAAUGCCUAAAUUUGGAAUUUCAACAUCUGGGGUCAAGGCUUCAAAAAUUGAAGGCGAACUGGGCUUGCCUAAAGCAGAAAUCUCUCUUCCAAAGGCAGACAUUGACAUACAAGGACCACAGCUUACAACAAGAGAAACUGACAUUGAUCUGAACCUUCCUAAACCACAGAUAAAUGUGCCUGCAGCAGAAGGUACUUUUUUUCUUAAAGGUCCAGAUGUAGACAUGAAGACACCUGAGUUAGACGUUGAUAUGAAGGGAGAAGGAAUCCGUGUAGAAGGGAAAGAAAGCAAGGUUAAAUUGCCCAAAAUGCCGGACUUUGAUAUUUCACUCCCCAAAGUCAAAGGUCCUGACAUUAAAUUCAGUCUGCCUAAAUCAGAGACUGAUAUUUCUUUGCCUGAAAGUGUUGAAAUCAAGGCUCCUGAUGUGGCAUUGGAAGCUCCAUCUCUUGAGGGAUCUGUGGACAUCCCUACAAUUGAAAAAGAGGGUGGAAAAGAAAAAUUCAAGUUGCCACAAAUGAAAAUGCCUAAAUUUGGAAUUUCAACAUCUGGGGUCAAGGCUUCAGUAAUUGAAGGCCAACUGAGCUUGCCUAAAGCAGAAAUCUCUCUUCCAAAGGCAGACAUUGACAUACAAGGACCACAGCUUACAACAAGUGAAACUGACAUUGAUCUGAAUCUAUCUAAACCACAGAUAAAUGUGCCUGCAGUACAAGCUGCUGUUGAUCUUAAAGGUCCAGAUGUAGACAUGAAAGCACCUGAGUUAGACGUUGAUAUGAAGGGAGAAGGAAUCCAUGUAGAAGGGAAAGAAAGCAAGGUUAAAUUGCCCAAAAUGCCGGACUUUGAUGUUUCACUCCCCAAAGUCAAAGGUCCUGACAUUAAAUUCAGUCUGCCUAAAUCAGAGGCUGAUAUUUCUUUGCCUGAAAGUGAUGAAAUCAAGGCUCCUGAUGUGGCAUUGGAAGCUCCAUCUCUUGAGGGAUCUGUGGACAUCCCUACAAUUGAAAAAGAGGGUGGAAAAGGAAAAUUCAAGUUGCCACAAAUGAAAAUGCCUAAAUUUGGAAUUUCAACAUCUGGGGUCAAGGCUUCAAAAAUUGAAGGCGAACUGGGCUUGCCUAAAGCAGAAAUCUCUCUUCCAAAGGCAGACAUUGACAUACAAGGACCACAGCUUGCAACAAGUGAAACUGACAUUGAUCUGAAUCUAUCUGAACAACAGAUAAAUGUGUCUGCAGUACAAGCUGCUGUUGAUCUUAAAGGUCCAGAUGUAGACAUGAAAGCACCUGAGUUAGACGUUGAAAUGAAGGGAGAAGGAAUCCAUGUAGAAGGGAAAGAAAGCAAGGUUAAAUUACCCAAAAUGCCGGACUUUGAUGUUUCACUCCCCAAAGUCAAAGGUCCUGACAUUAAAUUCAGUCUGCCUAAAUCAGAGACUGAUAUUUCUUUGCCUGAAAGUAUUGAAAUCAAGGCUCCUGAUGUGGCAUUGGAAGCUCCAUCUCUUGAGGGAUCUGUGGACAUCCCUACAAUUGAAAAAGAGGGUGGAAAAGGAAAAUUCAAGUUGCCACAAAUGAAAAUGCCUAAAUUUGGAAUUUCAACAUCUGGGGUCAAGGCUUCAAAAAUUGAAGGCGAACUGGGCUUGCCUAAAGCAGAAAUCUCUCUUCCAAAGGCAGACAUUGACAUACAAGGACCACAGCUUACAACAAGUGAAACUGACAUUGAUCUGAAUCUAUCUAAACCACAGAUAAAUGUGCCUGCAGUACAAGCUGCUGUUGAUCUUAAAGGUCCAGAUGUAGACAUGAAAGCACCUGAGUUAGACGUUGAUAUGAAGGGAGAAGGAAUCCAUGUAGAAGGGAAAGAAAGCAAGGCUAAAUUGCCCAUAAUGCCGGACUUUGAUGUUUCACUCCCCAAAGUCAAAGGUCCUGACAUUAAAUUCAGUCUGCCUAAAUCAGAGACUGAUAUUUCUUUGCCUGAAAGUGAUGAAAUCAAGGCUCCUGAUGUGGCAUUGGAAGUUUCAUCUCUUGAGGGAUCUGUGGAAAUCCCUACAAUUGAUAAAGAGGGUGGAAAAGGAAAAUUCAAGAUGCCACAAAUGAAAAUGCCUAAAUUUGGAAUUUCAACAUCUGGGGUCAAGGCUUCAAAAAUUGAAGGCGAACUGGGCUUGCCUAAAGCAGAAAUCUCUCUUCCAAAGGCAGACAUUGACAUACAAGGACCACAGCUUACAACAAGAGAAACUGACAUUGAUCUGAACCUUCCUAAAUCACAGAUAAAUGUGCCUGCAGCAGAAGGUACUUUUUUUCUUAAAGGUCCAGAUGUAGACAUGAAGACACCUGAGUUAGACGUUGAUAUGAAGGGAGAAGGAAUCCGUGUAGAAGGGAAAGAAAGCAAGGUUAAAUUGCCCAAAAUGCCGGACUUUGAUGUUUCACUCCCCAAAGUCAAAGGUCCUGACAUUAAAUUCAGUCUGCCAAAAUCAGAGACUGAUAUUUCUUUACCUGAAAGUGUUGAAAUCAAGGCUCCUGAUGUGGCAUUGGAAGCUCCAUCUCUUGAGGGAUCUGUGGACAUCCCUACAAUUGAAAAAGAGGGUGGAAAAGAAAAAUUCAAGUUGCCACAAAUGAAAAUGCCUAAAUUUGGAAUUUCAACAUCUGGGGUCAAGGCUUCAAUAAUUGAAGGCCAACUGAGCUUGCCUAAAGCAGAAAUCUCUCUUCCAAAGGCAGACAUUGACAUACAAGGACCACAGCUUACAACAAGUGAAACUGACAUUGAUCUGAAUCUAUCUAAACCACAGAUAAAUGUGCCUGCAGUACAAGCUGCUGUUGAUCUUAAAGGUCCAGAUGUAGACAUGAAAGCACCUGAGUUAGACGUUGAUAUGAAGGGAGAAGGAAUCCAUGUAGAAGGGAAAGAAAGCAAGGUUAAAUUGCCCAAAAUGCCGGACUUUGAUGUUUCACUCCCCAAAGUCAAAGGUCCUGACAUUAAAUUCAGUCUGCCUAAAUCAGAGGCUGAUAUUUCUUUGCCUGAAAGUGAUGAAAUCAAGGCUCCUGAUGUGGCAUUGGAAGUUUCAUCUCUUGAGGGAUCUGUGGAAAUCCCUACAAUUGAUAAAGAGGGUGGAAAAGGAAAAUUCAAGAUGCCACAAAUGAAAAUGCCUAAAUUUGGAAUUUCAACAUCUGGGGUCAAGGCUUCAAAAAUUGAAGGCGAACUGGGCUUGCCUAAAGCAGAAAUCUCUCUUCCAAAGGCAGACAUUGACAUACAAGGACCACAGCUUACAACAAGUGAAACUGAUAUUGAUCUGAACCUUCCUAAACCACAGAUAAAUGUGCCUGCAGCAGAAGGUACUUUUGAUCUUAAAGGUCCAGAUGUAGACAUGAAGACACCUGAGUUAGACGUUGAAAUGAAGGGAGAAGGAAUCCGUGUAGAAGGGAAAGAAAGCAAGGUUAAAUUGCCCAUAAUGCCGGACUUUGAUGUUUCACUCCCCAAAGUCAAAGGUCCUGACAUUAAAUUCAGUCUGCCUAAAUCAGAGACUGAUAUUUCUUUGCCUGAAAGUGUUGAAAUCAAGGCUCCUGAUGUGGCAUUGGAAGCUCCAUCUCUUGAGGGAUCUGUGGACAUCCCUACAAUUGAAAAAGAGGGUGGAAAAGAAAAAUUCAAGUUGCCACAAAUGAAAAUGCCUAAAUUUGGAAUUUCAACAUCUGGGGUCAAGGCUUCAGUAAUUGAAGGCCAACUGAGCUUGCCUAAAGCAGAAAUCUCUCUUCCAAAGGCAGACAUUGACAUACAAGGACCACAGCUUACAACAAGUGAAACUGACAUUGAUCUGAAUCUAUCUAAACCACAGAUAAAUGUGCCUGCAGUACAAGCUGCUGUUGAUCUUAAAGGUCCAGAUGUAGACAUGAAAGCACCUGAGUUAGACGUUGAUAUGAAGGGAGAAGGAAUCCAUGUAGAAGGGAAAGAAAGCAAGGUUAAAUUGCCCAAAAUGCCGGACUUUGAUGUUUCACUCCCCAAAGUCAAAGGUCCUGACAUUAAAUUCAGUCUGCCUAAAUCAGAGGCUGAUAUUUCUUUGCCUGAAAGUGAUGAAAUCAAGGCUCCUGAUGUGGCAUUGGAAGUUUCAUCUCUUGAGGGAUCUGUGGAAAUCCCUACAAUUGAUAAAGAGGGUGGAAAAGGAAAAUUCAAGAUGCCACAAAUGAAAAUGCCUAAAUUUGGAAUUUCAACAUCUGGGGUCAAGGCUUCAAAAAUUGAAGGCAAACUGGGCUUGCCUAAAGCAGAAAUCUCUCUUCCAAAGGCAGACAUUGACAUACAAGGACCACAGCUUACAACAAGUGAAACUGAUAUUGAUCUGAACCUUCCUAAACCACAGAUAAAUGUGCCUGCAGCAGAAGGUACUUUUGAUCUUAAAGGUCCAGAUGUAGACAUGAAGACACCUGAGUUAGACGUUGAAAUGAAGGGAGAAGGAAUCCGUGUAGAAGGGAAAGAAAGCAAGGUUAAAUUGCCCAUAAUUCCGGACUUUGAUGUUUCACUCCCCAAAGUCAAAGGUCCUGACAUUAAAUUCAGUCUGCCUAAAUCAGAGACUGAUAUUUCUUUGCCUGAAAGUGUUGAAAUCAAGGCUGCUGAUGUGGCAUUGGAAGCUCCAUCUCUUGAGGGAUCUGUGGACAUCCCUACAAUUGAAAAAGAGGGUGGAAAAGGAAAAUUCAAGAUGCCACAAAUGAAAAUGCCUAAAUUUGGAAUUUCAACAUCUGGGGUCAAGGCUUCAAAAAUAGAAGGGGAACUGAGCUUGCCUAAAGCAGAAAUCUCUAUUCCAAAGGCAGACACUUAUUUAGAGGAACAACAGCUUACAACAUGUGAAACUGACAUUGAUCUGAAUCUAUCUAAACUAAAGAUAAAUGUGCCUGCAGUACAAGCUGCUGUUGAUCUUAAAGGUCCUGAUGUAGACAUGAAAGCACCUGAGUUAGACGUUGAAAUGAAGGGAGAAGGAAUCCAUGUAGAAGGGAAAGAAAGCAAGGUUAAAUUGCCCAAAAUGCCGGACUUUGAUGUUUCACUCCCCAAAGUCAAAGGUCCUGACAUUAAAUUCAGUCUGCCUAAAUCAGAGACUGAUAUUUCUUUGCCUGAAAGUGUUGAAAUCAAGGCCCCUGAUGUGGCAUUGGAAGCUUCAUCUCUUGAGGGAUCUCUGGACAUCCCUACAAUUGAAAAAGAGGGUGGAAAAGGAAAAUUCAAUUUGCCACAAAUGAAAAUGCCUAAAUUUGGAAUUUCAACAUCUGAGGUCAAGGCUUCAAAAAUUGAAGGCGAACUGGGCUUGCCUAAAGCAGAAAUCUCUCUUCCAAAGGCAGACAUUGACAUACAAGGACCACAGCUUACAACAAGUGAAACUGACAUUGAUCUGAAUCUAUCUGAACAACAGAUAAAUGUAUCUGCAGUACAAGCUGCUGUUGAUUUUAAAGGUCCAGAGGUAGACAUGAAAGCACCUGAGUUAGACGUUGAAAUGAAGGGAGAAGGAAUCCAUGUAGAAGGGAAAGAAAGCAAGGUUAAAUUGCCCAAAAUGCCGGACUUUGAUGUUUCACUCCCCAAAGUCGAAGGUCCUGACAUUAAAUUCAGUCUGCCAAAAUCAGAGACUGAUAUUUCUUUGCCUGAAAGUGUUGAAAUCAAGGCUCCUGAUGUGGCAUUAGAAGCUCCAUCUCUUGAGGGAUCUGUGGACAUCCCUACAAUUGAAAAAGAGGGUGGAAAAGGAAAAUUCAAGCUGCCAGAAAUGAAAAUGCCUAAAUUUGGAAUUUCAACAACUGGGUUUAAGGCUUCAAAAAUUGAAGGCGAACUGAGCUUGCCUAAAGCAGAAAUCUCUCUUCCAAAGGCAGACAUUGACAUACAAGGACCACAGCUUACAACAAGUGAAACUGACAUUGAUCUGAAUCUAUCUAAACCACAGAUAAAUGUGCCUGCUGCAGAAGGUACUUUUGAUCUUAAAGGUCCAGACGUAGACAUGAAAGCACAUGAGUUAGACGUUGAUAUGAAGGGAGAAGGAAUCCAUGUAGAAGGGAAAGAAAGUAAGGUUAAAUUGCCCAAAAUGUCGGACUUUGAUGUUUCACUCCCCAAAGUCAAAGAUCCUGACAUUAAAUUCAGUCUGCCUAAAUCAGAGACUGAUAUUUCUUUGCCUGAAUGUGUUGAAAUCAAGGCUCCUGAUGUGGAAUUGGAAGCUCCAUCACUUGAAGGAUCUCUGAACAUCCCUACAAUUGAAAAAGAGGGUGGAAAAGGAAAAUUCAAGUUGCCACAAAUGAAAAUGCCUAAAUUUGGAAUUUUAGCAUCUGGGGUCGAGGCUUCAAAAAUAGAAGACAAACUGAGUUUGCCUAAAGCAGAAAUUUCUCUUCCAAAGGCAGACAUUGAUAUACAAGGACCAGAACUUACAAAAAGUGGAACUCACAUUGAUCUGAACCUACCUAAACCACAGAUAAAUGUGCCUGCAGCAGAAGGUACUUUUGAUCUUAAAGGUCCAGAUGUAGACAUGAAGACACCUGAGAUAGACGUUGAUAUGAAGGGAGAAGGAUUCCAUGGAGAAGGGAAAGAAAGCAAGUUUAAAUUGCCCAAAAAGUCGGACUUUGAUGUUUCACUCCCCAAAGUCAAAGGUCCUGACAUAAAGUUCAGUAUGCCCAAAUCAGAGGCUGAUAUUUCUUUACCUGAAAGUUUUGGAAUCAAACCUCAUGAAGUUGUAUUGGAAGCUCCGUCAUUUGAGGGAUCUGUGGACAUCCCUACAAUUGAAACAGAGGGCGGAAAGGGAAAAUUCAAGAUGCCACAAAUGAAAAUGCCUAAAUUUGGAUUUUCAACUUCUGGGUUCAAGGCUUCAAAAAUAGAAGGCGAACUGAGAUUGCCUAAAACAGAAAUCUCUCCUCCAAAGGCAGACAUUGAUAUACAGGGACCACAGCUUACAACAAGUGAAACUGACAUUGAUCUGAAUCUAUCUAAACCACAUAUAAAUGUGCCUGCAGUAAAAGCUGCAGUUGAUCUUAAAGGUCCAGAUAAAGACAUCAAAACUCCAGAAUUAACCUUUGAUAUCAAGGGAAAAGUCGAUGUAGAAGGGAAAGAUAGCAAAUUUAAAAUGCCCAAAAUGCCAGAGUUUGAUAUUUCUCUCCCCCAAGUCAAAGGUCCUGAUGUUAAAUUUAGUAUCCCCAAAGGAGAAAUUGAUGUCUCUGCACCAAAAAGAGAAGUUGAGCUUACAGGACCAGAGAUAAAUAUUGAAGGUCUAUCAGUUGAAGGAGCUGUGGACAUCCCUAAAAUUGAAACAGAGGGUGGAAAAGGAAAAUUCAAAAUGCCACACUUUAAAAUGCCUACAUUUGGCAUGUCAACAUCUGGCGUGAAGACUGCUAAAGUAGAAGGCGAAGUAAAGUUGCCAAAAGCAGAUAUCUCUCUUCCAAAGGCAGACAUUGACAUGAAAGGAGCACAGCUAACAUCAGGCGAAACUAACAUCGAUCUGAACCUUCCUAAACCUGAGAUAGAUGUGUCUGCAUCACAACAUGCUGUUGAUCUUGAAGGUCCAAGUGUAGACAUCAAAACACCAGAAAUAGCCUUUGAUGUCAAGGGAAAAGUCGAUGUAGAAGGGAAAGAUAGCAAAUUUAAAAUGCCCAAAAUGCCAGAGUUUGACAUUUCCCUCCCCAAAGUCACAGGUCCUGAUGUUAAAUCCAGUAUCCCCAAAAGAGAAAUUGAUGUCUCUGCACCAAAACCAGAAGUUGAGCUUACGGGACCGGAGAUAGAUAUUGAAGGUCCAUCAGUUGAAGGAGCUGUGGACAUCCCUAAAAUUGAAACAGAGGGAGGAAAGGGAAAAUUCAAAAUGCCACACUUUAAAAUGCCUACAUUUGGCAUGUCAACAUCUGGCGUGAAGACUGCUAAAGUAGAAGGUGAAGUAAAGUUGCCAAAAGCAGACAUCUCUCUUCCAAAGGCAAACAUUGACAUGAAAGGAGCACAGCUAACAUCAGGUGAAACUGAAAUCGAUCUGAACCUUCCUAAACCUGAGAUAGAUGUGUCUGCAUCACAACAUGCUGUUGAUCUUAAAGGUCCAGAUAAAUACAUCAAAACACCAGAAUUAACCUUUGAUAUCAAGGGAAAAGUCGAUGUAGAAGGGAAAGAUAGCAAAGUUAAAAUGCCCAAAAUGCCAGAGUUUGAUAUUUCUCUCCCCAAAGUCAAAGGUCCUGAUGUUAAAUUUAGUAUCCCCAAAGGAGAAAUUGAUGUCUCUGCACCAAAAACAGAAGUUGAGCUAAUGGGACCAGAGAUAGAUAUCAAAGGUCCAUCAGUUGAAGGAGCUGUGAACAUCCCUAAAAUUGAAACAGAGGGCGGAAAGGGAAAAUUCAAAAUGCCACACUUUAAAAUGCCUACAUUUGGCAUGUCAACAUCUGGCGUGAAGACUGCUAAAGUAGAAGGCGAAGUAAAGUUGCCAAAAGCAGACAUCUCUCUUCCAAAGGCAGAUAUUGACAUGAAAGGAGCACAGCUAACAUCAGGUGAAACUGAAAUCGAUCUGAACCUUCCUAAACCUGAGAUAGAUGUGUCUGCAUCACAACAUGCUGUUGAUCUUAAAGGUCCAGAUAAAUACAUCAAAACACCAGAAUUAACCUUUGAUAUCAAGGGAAAAGUCGAUGUAGAAGGGAAAGAUAGCAAAGUUAAAAUGCCCAAAAUGCCAGAGUUUGACAUUUCCCUCCCAAAAGUCAAAGGACCUGAUGUUAAAUGUAGUAUCCCCAAAGGAGAAAUUGAUGUCUCUGCACCAAAAAGAGAAGUUGAGCUUACAGGACCAGAGAUAAAUAUUGAAGGUCUAUCAGUUGAAGGAGCUGUGGACAUCCCUAAAAUUGAAACAGAGGGUGGAAAAGGAAAAUUCAAAAUGCCACACUUUAAAAUGCCUACAUUUGGCAUGUCAACAUCUGGCGUGAAGACUGCUAAAGUAGAAGGCGAAGUAAAGUUGCCAAAAGCAGAUAUCUCUCUUCCAAAGGCAGACAUUGACAUGAAAGGAGCACAGCUAACAUCAGGCGAAACUAACAUCGAUCUGAACCUUCCUAAACCUGAGAUAGAUGUGUCUGCAUCACAACAUGCUGUUGAUUUUGAAGGUCCAAGUGUAGACAUCAAAACACCAGAAAUAGCCUUUGAUGUCAAGGGAAAAGUCGAUGUAGAAGGGAAAGAUAGCAAAUUUAAAAUGCCCAAAAUGCCAGAGUUUGACAUUUCCCUCCCCAAAGUCAAAGGUCCUGAUGUUAAAUCCAGUAUCCCCAAAGGAGAAAUUGAUGUCUCUGCACCAAAACCAGAAGUUGAGCUUACGGGACCGGAGAUAGAUAUUGAAGGUCCAUCAGUUGAAGGAGCUGUGGACAUCCCUAAAAUUGAAACAGAGGGAGGAAAGGGAAAAUUCAAAAUGCCACACUUUAAAAUGCCUACAUUUGGCAUGUCAACAUCUGGCGUGAAGACUGCUAAAGUAGAAGGUGAAGUAAAGUUGCCAAAAGCAGACAUCUCUCUUCCAAAGGCAGACAUUGACAUGAAAGGAGCACAGCUAACAUCAGGUGAAACUGAAAUCGAUCUGAACCUUCCUAAACCUGAGAUAGAUGUGUCUGCAUCACAACAUGCUGUUGAUCUUAAAGGUCCAGAUAAAUACAUCAAAACACCAGAAUUAACCUUUGAUAUCAAGGGAAAAGUCGAUGUAGAAGGGAAAGAUAGCAAAUUUAAAAUGCCCAAAAUGCCAGAGUUUGAUAUUUCUCUCCCCAAAGUCAAAGGUCCUGAUGUUAAAUUUAGUAUCCCCAAAGGAGAAAUUGAUGUCUCUGCACCAAAAACAGAAGUUGAGCUAAUGGGACCAGAGAUAGAUAUCAAAGGUCCAUCAGUUGAAGGAGCUGUGAACAUCCCUAAAAUUGAAACAGAGGGCGGAAAAGGAAAAUUCAAAAUGCCACACUUUAAAAUGCCUACAUUUGGCAUGCCAACAUCUGGCGUGAAGACUCCUAAAGUAGAAGGUGAAGUAAAGUUGCCAAAAGCAGAUAUCUCUCUUCCAAAGGCAGACAUUGACAUGAAAGGAGCACAGCUAACAUCAGGCGAAACUAAUAUCGAUCUGAACCUCCCUAAACCUGAGAUAGAUGUGUCUGCAUCACAACAUGCUGUUGAUCUUAAAGGUCCAAGUGUAGACAUCAAAACACUAGAAUUAGCCUUUGAUGUCAAGGAAAAAGUCGAUGUAGAAGGGAAAGAUAGCAAAUUUAAAAUGCCCAAAAUGCCAGAGUUUGACAUUUCCCUCCCAAAAGUCAAAGGACCUGAUGUUAAAUGUAGUAUCCCCAAAGGAGAAAUUGAUGUCUCUGCACCAAAAAGAGAAGCUGAGCUUACGGGACCGGAGAUAGCUAAUGAAGGUCUAUCUGUUGAAGGAGCUGUGGACAUCCCUAAAAUUGAAAUAGAGGAAAGAAAAGGAAAAUUCAAAAUGCCUCACUUUAAAAUGCCUGCAUUUGGCAUGUCAACAUCUGGCAUGAAGACUCCUAAAGUAGAAGGCGAAGUAAAGUUGCCAAAAGCAGACAUCUCUCUUCCAAAGGCAGACAUUGACAUGAAAGGACCACAGCUAACAUCAGGUGAAACUGAAAUAGAUCUGAACCUCCCUAAACCUGAGAUAGAUGUGUCUGCAUCACAACCUGCUGUUGAUCUUAAAGGUCCAAGUGUAGACAUCAAAACACCAGAAUUAGCCUUUGAUGUCAAGGGAAAAGUCGAUGUAGAAGGGAAAGAUAGCAAGUUUAAAAUGCCGAAUAUGUCAGCCUUUGACAUUUCCCUCCCCAAAGUCAAAGGAUCUGAUGUUAAAUUUAAUAUCCCCAAAGGAGAAAUUGAUGUCUCUGCACCAAAAACAGAAGUUGAGCUAAUGGGACCAGAGAUAGAUAUCGAAGGUCCAUCAGUUGAAGGAGCUGUGAACAUCCCUAAAAUUGAAACAGAGGGCGGAAAAGGAAAAUUCAAAAUGCCACACUUUAAAAUGCCUACAUUUGGCAUGUCAACAUCUGGCGUGAAGACUCCUAAAUUAGAAGGCGAAAUAAAGUUGCCAAAAGCAGACAUCUUUCAUCCAAAGGCAGACAUUGACAUGAAAGGAGCACAGCUAACAUCAGGCGAAACUGAAAUCAAUCUGAACCUUCCUAAACCUGAGAUAGAUGUGUCUGCAUCACAACAUGCUGUUGAUCUUGAAGGUCCAAGUGUAGACAUCAAAACACCAGAAAUAGCCUUUGAUAUCAAGGGAAAAGUCGAUGUAGAAGGGAAAGAUAGCAAAUUUAAAAUGCCCAAAAUGCCAGAGUUUGACAUUUCCCUCCCCAAAGUCACAGGUCCUGAUGUUAAAUCCAGUAUCCCCAAAAGAGAAAUUGAUGUCUCUGCACCAAAACCAGAAGUUGAGCUUACGGGACCGGAGAUAGAUAUUGAAGGUCCAUCAGUUGAAGGAGCUGUGGACAUCCCUAAAAUUGAAACAGAGGGAGGAAAGGGAAAAUUCAAAAUGCCACACUUUAAAAUGCCUACAUUUGGCAUGUCAACAUCUGGCGUGAAGACUGCUAAAGUAGAAGGCGAAGUAAAGUUGCCAAAAGCAGACAUCUCUCUUCCAAAGGCAGACAUUGACAUGAAAGGAGCACAGCUAACAUCAGGCGAAACUGAAAUCAAUCUGAACCUUCCUAAACCUGAGAUAGAUGUGUCUGCAUCACAACAUGCUGUUGAUCUUGAAGGUCCAAGUGUAGACAUCAAAACACCAGAAAUAGCCUUUGAUGUCAAGGGAAAAGUCGAUGUAGAAGGGAAAGAUAGCAAAGUUAAAAUGCCCAAAAUGCCAGAGUUUGAUAUUUCUCUCCCCAAAGUCAAAGGUCCUGAUGUUAAAUUUAGUAUCCCCAAAGGAGAAAUUGAUGUCUCUGCACCAAAAACAGAAGUUGAGCUAAUGGGACCAGAGAUAGAUAUCAAAGGUCCAUCAGUUGAAGGAGCUGUGAACAUCCCUAAAAUUGAAACAGAGGGCGGAAAGGGAAAAUUCAAAAUGCCACACUUUAAAAUGCCUACAUUUGGCAUGUCAACAUCUGGCGUGAAGACUGCUAAAGUAGAAGGCGAAGUAAAGUUGCCAAAAGCAGACAUCUCUCUUCCAAAGGCAGACAUUGACAUGAAAGGAGCACAGCUAACAUCAGGUGAAACUGAAAUCGAUCUGAACCUUCCUAAACCUGAGAUAGAUGUGUCUGCAUCACAACAUGCUGUUGAUCUUAAAGGUCCAGAUAAAUACAUCAAAACACCAGAAUUAACCUUUGAUAUCAAGGGAAAAGUCGAUGUAGAAGGGAAAGAUAGCAAAGUUAAAAUGCCCAAAAUGCCAGAGUUUGAUAUUUCUCUCCCCAAAGUUAAAGGUCCUGAUGUUAAAUUUAGUAUCCCCAAAGGAGAAAUUGAUGUCUCUGCACCAAAAACAGAAGUUGAGCUAAUGGGACCAGAGAUAGAUAUCAAAGGUCCAUCAGCUGAAGGAGCUGUGAACAUCCCUAAAAUUGAAACAGAGGGCGGAAAGGGAAAAUUCAAAAUGCCACACUUUAAAAUGCCUACAUUUGGCAUGUCAACAUCUGGCGUGAAGACUCCUAAAGUAGAAGGCGAAGUAAAGUUGCCAAAAGCAGACAUCUCUCUUCCAAAGGCAGACAUUGACAUGAAAGGAGCACAGCUAACAUCAGGCGAAACUGAAAUCAAUCUGAACCUUCCUAAACCUGAGAUAGAUGUGUCUGCAUCACAACAUGCUGUUGAUCUUGAAGGUCCAAGUGUAGACAUCAAAACACCAGAAAUAGCCUUUGAUGUCAAGGGAAAAGUCGAUGUAGAAGGGAAAGAUAGCAAAUUUAAAAUGCCCAAAAUGCCAGAGUUUGACAUUUCCCUCCCCAAAGUCACAGGUCCUGAUGUUAAAUCCAGUAUCCCCAAAAGAGAAAUUGAUGUCUCUGCACCAAAACCAGAAGUUGAGCUUACGGGACCGGAGAUAGAUAUUGAAGGUCCAUCAGUUGAAGGAGCUGUGGACAUCCCUAAAAUUGAAACAGAGGGAGGAAAGGGAAAAUUCAAAAUGCCACACUUUAAAAUGCCUACAUUUGGCAUGUCAACAUCUGGCGUGAAGACUGCUAAAGUAGAAGGCGAAGUAAAGUUGCCAAAAGCAGACAUCUCUCUUCCAAAGGCAGACAUUGACAUGAAAGGAGCACAGCUAACAUCAGGCGAAACUGAAAUCAAUCUGAACCUUCCUAAACCUGAGAUAGAUGUGUCUGCAUCACAACAUGCUGUUGAUCUUGAAGGUCCAAGUGUAGACAUCAAAACACCAGAAAUAGCCUUUGAUGUCAAGGGAAAAGUCGAUGUAGAAGGGAAAGAUAGCAAAGUUAAAAUGCCCAAAAUGCCAGAGUUUGACAUUUCCCUCCCCAAAGUCACAGGUCCUGAUGUUAAAUCCAGUAUCCCCAAAAGAGAAAUUGAUGUCUCUGCACCAAAACCAGAAGUUGAGCUUACGGGACCGGAGAUAGAUAUUGAAGGUCCAUCAGUUGAAGGAGCUGUGGACAUCCCUAAAAUUGAAACAGAGGGAGGAAAGGGAAAAUUCAAAAUGCCACACUUUAAAAUGCCUACAUUUGGCAUGUCAACAUCUGGCGUGAAGACUGCUAAAGUAGAAGGUGAAGUAAAGUUGCCAAAAGCAGACAUCUCUCUUCCAAAGGCAAACAUUGACAUGAAAGGAGCACAGCUAACAUCAGGUGAAACUGAAAUCGAUCUGAACCUUCCUAAACCUGAGAUAGAUGUGUCUGCAUCACAACAUGCUGUUGAUCUUAAAGGUCCAGAUAAAUACAUCAAAACACCAGAAUUAACCUUUGAUAUCAAGGGAAAAGUCGAUGUAGAAGGGAAAGAUAGCAGAGUUAAAAUGCCCAAAAUGCCAGAGUUUGAUAUUUCUCUCCCCAAAGUCAAAGGUCCUGAUGUUAAAUUUAGUAUCCCCAAAGGAGAAAUUGAUGUCUCUGCACCAAAAACAGAAGUUGAGCUAAUGGGACCAGAGAUAGAUAUCAAAGGUCCAUCAGUUGAAGGAGCUGUGAACAUCCCUAAAAUUGAAACAGAGGGCGGAAAAGGAAAAUUCAAAAUGCCACACUUUAAAAUGCCUACAUUUGGCAUGUCAACAUCUGGCGUGAAGACUGCUAAAGUAGAAGGCGAAGUAAAGUUGCCAAAAGCAGACAUCUCUCUUCCAAAGGCAGAUAUUGACAUGAAAGGAGCACAGCUAACAUCAGGUGAAACUGAAAUCGAUCUGAACCUUCCUAAACCUGAGAUAGAUGUGUCUGCAUCACAACAUGCUGUUGAUCUUAAAGGUCCAGAUAAAUACAUCAAAACACCAGAAUUAACCUUUGAUAUCAAGGGAAAAGUCGAUGUAGAAGGGAAAGAUAGCAAAGUUAAAAUGCCCAAAAUGCCAGAGUUUGACAUUUCCCUCCCAAAAGUCAAAGGACCUGAUGUUAAAUGUAGUAUCCCCAAAGGAGAAAUUGAUGUCUCUGCACCAAAAAGAGAAGCUGAGCUUACGGGACCGGAGAUAGCUAAUGAAGGUCUAUCUGUUGAAGGAGCUGUGGACAUCCCUAAAAUUGAAACAGAGGAAAGAAAAGGAAAAUUCAAAAUGCCUCACUUUAAAAUGCCUACAUUUGGCAUGUCAACAUCUGGCGUGAAGACUCCUAAAGUAGAAGGCGAAGUAAAGUUGCCAAAAGCAGACAUCUCUCUUCCAAAGGCAGACAUUGACAUGAAAGGAGCACAGCUAACAUCAGGCAAAACUGAAAUCGAUCUGAACCUCCCUAAACCUGAGAUAGAUGUGUCUGCAUCACAACAUGCUGUUGAUCUUAAAGGUCCAAGUGUAGACAUCAAAACACCAGAAUUAGCCUUUGAUGUCAAGGGAAAAGUCGAUGUAGAAGGGAAAGAUAGCAAAUUUAAAAUGCCCAAAAUGCCAGAGUUUGAUAUUUCUCUCCCCAAAGUCAAAGGUCCUGAUGUUAAAUUCAGUAUGCCCAAAGGAGAAAUUGAUGUCUCUGCUCCAAAAACAGAAGUGGAGUUUAAGGGACCGGAGAUAGAUAUUGAAAGUCCAUCUGUUGAAGGAGCUGUGGACAUCCCUAAAAUUGAAACAGAGGAAAGAAAAGGAAAAUUCAAAAGAUUUAAAAUGCCUACAUUUGGAGUGUCAACCUCUGUGGUUAAGGCUCCUAAAACAGAAGGUGAUGUGAGCUUGCAAAAAACAGACAUCAACGUUAAAGGUCCACAGCUCACAUCAGGUGAAACUGACAUCGAUCUGAACUUACCUAAACCUGAGAUAAAUAUGUCAUUAACACAACCUGAUGUAAACAUCGAAGCACCAGCUUUACAGGGUGACAUCAAUCAUAAAGGAAUCAAGUUUGAGCUUUCAAAGACAAGUGUCAAACUUACUGAAUUAGAUUCAGAUGUGAAUUUACCUGAAGGAGAUAUAUCGAUUCCAAAAGUUGAAUUAGAUAUUAAGGGGCCUGAGGUGGAAGUGAAAGAUCCAACAUUGGAAACUCCACUUAAAGACGAAGAGAUUGACGUUCAAGGAUCUCAUAGCCCAUUUAAACUACCAACGUUCAAAAUGCCUAAGUUUGGAUUUUCUGGUCCUAAAGUUAAAGCAGGUACUGCUGAUAUAGAUGCAGACAUCAAAAUCCCUGAAAUAGAUGUUUCAUUAGGCAAACUAGAAGUGGAAUCCCCUAAAAUGAAUAUGCAAGAGCCAACCGAUAAGGCAAAAGCAGAAACUGCAGACUGUAACAAUAAAACUGACAUUCCACUCUCAAAGGACAAGGGUUCUGAAAUAGAUGGCAGCAUACCAAAACCAGACCUUGAUACAUCUUUGCCAAAAUCAGAAGCAGGUGCCAAAGGACCACAGUUAAAGACAAGUGAACUUUUGCCAGAAAAUGUUGUGGCUGAUAAAAAAGGUGGGAAGCAUAGAUUAUCCAAAAUACACCUGCCAGGGUUUGGAGAAUUGUUUAAAGGGCUAGAUCUUGAAUUUAAUUUGCCUAGUUUAGAUCCUGAUGCUUCUUCACCAGAAACAGAGGAAGUAACUUUGCCAGGAUCAGCAGCCAGAACUGCUCAUGCUGAGGUAAAUUAUGGUAUAUCCAAUGUCCUUGGAGAGGUGAUUGUUGGAACACCUAUAGUUCAAAUUUCUCAGCAAGACACAGCAAAACAAGCAAAACAAAAAAGAACAAAAGUUCUGCCAGACUCAAGUUUAGAUACAGCUUCUGAGUCUAAGGAUAAGGACAGCACAAAAAAUAAGGAGAAGUCUGGUAAAUUUACGUUUAGGUUUCCGAGGCUAAGUUUUACAGAUACUUCCGAAGAAAGCAACAAGACAGAAACAAUAACUGCUGCUGAUGAUUCAAAAGACAAGACUUCAGAAACUAGUGAAAAAAAUGAAACCAUGGCAAAAAGUGAAAAAAGUGGUUGGUUUACUUUUCCAAAACGAGGACAUUUCUCACCUUCAAAAAAGUCUAAGGAUGCUGAUAAAGAGAAGCUUGACACCCCAACGGAAGAGUUAAGCGGAAGCUUUGCUGCUGAUGCUGUUCAAGGAGAUGUCAAAUCAACUGAAGGCCUGCAAUAUGUUGGUUCCAGCAUGGUUAAUGAAUCAAUUGGUACUCCUUCAAAAGUUACUGUGAGAUACACAAAACCUGACAUCUUGAUAGCUGACCAUGAUGUGAAGGUUCCCAGUGAUAUUAUUACAUCAACAGCCAGAACAGAAUUAAUUCUACUAGAACCUACUGAAAAAAUAAAUACCAACACUGUUCCCUCAUCAGGAGACGAAUCACAACAGUGUGCUGUGACCAGUGCCACAACUGUGAAAGGGGAUAUAACAAUUACAACCUUUAAGUCUUCCACACAAAAAGGCACACCUACCAUUGAACAUUCAACAGUUAUCACUAAAUCUGAAACAGGUUUUAAUGUGCCAACAGAAAAGUGUGUCUCAGUUGAAAAGCAUGUUGUGAAACAAAGAUUUGGUGAGGAGAAGGAAACAGUUGUGAUAACCAAAAUAAUUCCGUCAGAGCAAGGGUGUACAGCUUCAGGAAAGGUACUAUCAGAGGAGGCAAUUUCGUCAAUCCAAAGGCUAAAAGACACAAUGCACUCUGAAAAAAUGAAGUUUUUUGAAACUUCAGAACUGCCUACAGUAGCAUCAAGCAGUGAUGCAACCGUAAAAAAAGAGUCUCAAAAGAGUGUUACGAUCAAAAAGAAGUAGGCACGCAUUUAAAAUGUUCCUGUUUCCUCCUGUCCUUGCUUUUGACGUAUUGUAUCUAUCACUGUUAAACUGUGUGAUGGAUUAAUCUCUGCAAACGUGUACGUGUUUAAGGCUAGAGCUAUGCUAUAAAAUGGCUAGUAAUAUACAUUUAAAGUACUCUUCAGAUUAGAACAUACUAUACAUUUGUUUAUUAGGGAUGAUUGACAAUGCUAUACGUGCUCUACAUCUAGUACAAUAUAACUGACCUUAAUUACAGAGCUACUACACUGUAUACAUUACAUUCAAAUUUUAUUUGAGGAUUUUUUAAAAAUCAAAAGCAAUGGUUUAUGAGGCUGGCUAUGAAAUUGUUUCCAAAUGUAUUUGGUGUAAAUAUACUGUAUGCGUUAUUUCUUGGGCCUACUGCAAUUUACUUUAUUGCUGGAACCACACGUUUAUUUUUCUGCUUUAUCUGUAUUAAUGCAAUCAAUAUAUAUGAAAAUGAAUAUUCAAUAAAAUAUAUUAAAAAAAAAAACUAAAAUAGUAUUCUAUCUUCUGUACAUGUGCCAUAUAAUUGCACAACAAGGCGUAUGGGUUUAUAUUUGGGUAUAUUGAGUUUUGUUUUGUUUUUUCUUUGAAAAUGCAGUUACCGUACUUGUUUGGUUUUAUAUGUUAACCCAAGAUGUGGGAGCUAAGAUGGUUACAAAGUUUCAUCACUAUAGAACAGCAUAGCUUGUAAAAUUGAUACAAAAAAUAAAGAUAUUAAGGUCUAAAAA